AUAACUGCCUUGACGAUUCAUAUUAUCUUAGUUCAACAAGCGAGGUAGACAUUUGACGGAAAGUCUGCAGAAAAACGACGUUAUAAACAACCGAGUGUUUAAUAGCGUAAGUUUUAUAACGAUAACAAUGUGGCCAUGGCUUUCAAAGAAAAAGAAAUUAAAAAGUCGCGUGUGCUCUUGUUUUUGGCAGUGGUUAUUAGCCAAGUGAAGUUUGUCAGUGCCAUAAAUUCUGAUUGCAAAGGAAAAGCUUUCUACUGUCUCAACUCAACUCACUUCAUGAUAUGUCUGGAUUUAGGCGACGGUGUUUCAACAACUGUUGAAGAUUUUAUAAUACCGUGCCCACCGCCGACAAUAUGUAUAGAAACCAACGAUUUUGAAUGCGAAUAUCACACACCGACCACUCUAAAACCAAUUUUGCCAAGUGAAGUAUCUGUAACUGAAUUAAAUGCACAAACAUGGCGGGAUGACAGUGAUUAUACGACGUUCUUACCGUUUUGGUUUAAUAAAGAGGAUUCUGUAAAAUCAGAAAAAUAUUACGAUAUAUUCGAUGAUCAGUUGAUAACAAGAAAAACAAUACCUGAAACAUCGACAAAUCAGGAAUCCACAACUGAAACAAAAAUAAACGAUGAAAUUAAUACAGAGAGAACUACAUUUACACAAGAACUUGCUCUACCUCCGACUGUUUAUACUAUAACAGAAGAUGCAACUAUAUCUAGUCAACAGGUGAAAUUAGUAAAAAAUGCAGUAGCCGACGAAUAUUAUCAUCAUUUUGAUACUGUGAGUACAACUACUCUUUCGGAAAGUACUACACAAACGACAACGCAAUAUGAUGAAACACAAUCUACUACUGGCUAUAUCGAUCAACAUAUUUCCAGCAAUGAUAUCAUAAUUAAAGAACCUCCUAAAGAAGAACCUCCAAUACUAAAUUUUUAUACGUAUCAAGAAGAAGCCACUACAAAUGCACCUCUAAAUUUAAAUUAUGGGCCAGGUGGAAUAACUCUAACAAGAAAUUUUGAAUCGGAUAAGAUUAUAACAACAGCGCAAGAGUCAAAAAAUGAGGAAAUUCAAAGAACAACUAACAGCGAAAUAACUACUUUAACUACAGAGAUAGAUACAUAUUUGAAUACUUACUCAGAUUAUGUAGAUACAUUUAGUCCAAUAACGGCAUUGAAGGAGGCAGAGGAGAUGCCCAGCGAAGUAACUAACACAAUUAUGAAUUAUGAAAUAUCUACAGAGUUCAAUAAUUACAAAAAUAAUAAUAAAUUUGGCACAACGACCCCAUUAACAACACUUCAACAGGAAAAUUUGAUAGUUAAAGAUGUAUUAAUGACCAAUAUUAGUGAUGUUUCAAAUGUAGAGGACUAUAUAAAUAAUAAUUCAAUAACUAAAGUGCCAGAAGAAGAUACUACAAUAAAUUCUGAAAAAACUGAAGACACUGAAAUUAAUUAUAGUAAUAUUAUCGAUGCCAAUAUAAAUUAUCCAACAACUACAGAUAUACACGAAUAUAUAAAUACUGUAGUUAGCACAACUGAAGAAAAUAUAAUUAAUGAAGAAUAUGAGGCAAAAUACUUUCCAAAGUUUACGACUACAAUAGACGAAAGUUCUGUUAAAUAUAUGACACGCCCAUAUGUUUCGCAAAUAUUUAAUAACGAUGUUAAUCAAAUAACAUAUAAGGAUGAAGAAAAUACACACCAUUCAAGUAGCUAUUCACCAAAAGCAAAUAUCAAUAUUAUUUUAAAAAAUACUCAGAAUGUUACUACCAGUACUGCCGUAUUAAAUUUAGAUUUAAUGGUGACCGAAAUGUCAUCUCAAAACGACAAAGAUUUCUCGGAGAUGCAACAAACAACUUCAAAAGUUCCAGAUACAGAAUACAUAAUGCAAGAUAUUACAAGUCCAUAUGAUCAUAAAGGAACGAUUCCUAACAUCGAGCAACAAUCCCUAUUUAGCUUUGAAAAUAUAACUGUAUUGAAUGACUAUGUGUCGUCUUCAACACAGAAUGACUUUAAAAAAAUAAAUUUAGGAUCAACUCAGGCAUUAGAUUAUCAAAUUUCCACUGAUAGUUCACUUUUGUCGCCAAUCGAAACUCCGUCCAUUAUUAAAGAUAAUUUAAUCGUUCCUUUAUUCACAGCCCAAGAUAAUAUAACUGAAAUCAAAAUAAAUGAUACAGUUUUUACUGAAAGAUAUAACGACCAUAAUACGAAACAGAGCAACUAUAAAAAUCAAGACAAAACAAAUACGAACUUUUAUACCACUUUCACACAGUCGUAUGCAUCUACUAGUUCUUUACCAGUUUAUGACUAUAAAUCUAAUACAAAGAUAACCUUUCCUGAUUUUAAGGAUCCAAAAACAACAUCUACGGAAUUAAAAACUAAUUUGAAAGCUAUGGACACUUAUAUAAAAGAAACUACAAUCAGUGAACAAAGUAACACAGACUUUCAUACGUUCGGUAUCGAAGAUCGUCGUAUAACAACGGAAUUUAUGAAUUCAUCCUGGCUAAAGAACGCUGAAAGUAAUAACAACCAAUAUGAAGUUACAAAAGAGAUGAAUGUCAUAUAUGAUCAUAAAAGCCGUGAUACUGUCUCUACAAUACCAUCAAUAUUUGAUGUUAAUAACUUAGGAACAGUGACAAUAGAUCGUAAGAACAAGUUAGAGAAAACUGUAACAGUACCUUCAACUGAAAUGAAAUCAACACUAUCUAUAUCACAAGAUGAGUCUAGUGUAAACAAUAUAUUUACAUUUAUUAAUGACAUGUUUACUACUUCUUAUGUGAAUGCUACAGAAAGUUAUGCGUAUAGUAAUUUUCAAGAUAAGGAAAUCACAGAGAGUGUAAAUUAUAUACAAGAAUCAAAACCAACCAAUACGACAAAGUAUGAAGAUAAGUACUCCUCUUCUGUUGGAAAUACUAACCCAAUGGUUAAUAAAUUGCCAAUAAAAAUUCCAGACAUAACAACUGAAACAAUUCAUAAGUUAUCAACGGGAGUGCCUCAAGGCCCAAUAAUUGCGAUAAUGAAUGGCACUCAGACAGUUGUUAUUAACUCUGAAGAUUCAAAGAUUGAAGGUGCAGGUGAAGCAAUUAAAUUAUCUACCAUGGAAAUAGAUAAUACUAACGUUACAAGGAGCACAACAGUACUAGUAAGUCACAGUACGAAAACGCUGAAUUUAUCUCAGCUGAAUAGUAAAGUACCCUUAAUAUCAAAUGCGUCAUAUACACAUAUAAAUAACACCGUGGAAAUGAAUUCACCAUCCAUUGCAUUGGCUCAUAACAUAACUUUAGUGAGACAUGAAACUAUACGAAAAAAGCAAAGCGUUUUACCAAAUGUACAAGAUAAAAAAGAAACAGUGUCAGUACAGAUUAAUAAGCCUUGCAAUAAAACCAUACAUAAUACUACACGAAAUAACAAAACAUCACCUGAUAUUACUUUAGAACAAUUAAAUUUUACUUGUUUGAAUCGAUACAGCGGUAAAUAUCCAGAUCAAAACAACUGCCAAACUUUCUACAUGUGUAUUGGAACAAUGAAUCCUAUAGUGGGCCAAUGCCCUCAAAAUUCCGUAUUCAGUGACAUCCUAAACCAGUGCACUCGAAAUUUAUCCCAUUGUGUAAGACACAACGAGUUUCAAUGUGUUUCUCCAGGAAGGUUCAGUGAUCUUUGGAGUAGAGACACUUAUUAUAUUUGUGUGAAACACAAAAGCAAGUUUGUAAGGUUUAAGCUAAGAUGCCACAAAGGAUACUUUUUAAAUAGAACGUCCAUCACAUGUGUUGAAGAUCCUGUUAUUGUAAAGCAGUUUACAUUGGAAUCAUAUUCAACAUCAAGCAGUAGUAAUAGCACAGAUUCUAAUUCAGGACAAAUUGUGAGCAAGGAUACGGAUGUUGAAUUUAAAUGUGAAAAAGAGGGGGUUUUCCCAGAUCCUAACCAUUGUAGGAAAUACUACGUUUGUAAAAAGAUAUCAAAAUCAAAAAUUCGACUUAAGAAGAAAAAAUGCGAUUCGGAUGAGGUUUUUAAUAAAAAGAAGAAAAAAUGUGUGGAUGAAGAUAGCUAUGAAUGUGAAACAUAA